AUGCGUUUACAAACGUUUCGUCGAGAUACCAGCUGCCCAAAUGGUGGCGUUUUCUAUAGGUGCAGUAAAGGGUUUGUUGGGUGCUGUCUUGUAGAGGCUUGCAAUCCGGGAAUUGGUUGCCCAGAAGACAAGGAUAUGACUCCAGCUGACCGUAAGAAAGAUUCAAAGCGAAUAUCAAAAUCUGUAACUCAACUGCAACUAGGUCCGAUAACAGAGUCAUCGACCUCACAAAAUGCCGUAACAACUGCGACUGUAGCGAUGUCUUCAUCGAUAUCUGUGACCAGUCUCACAUCGUCGUCAACAUCAACAGUAUCAGCCCCUGUGUCAUUAUCUCCCAGUUCUACCAGUCAAUCUGCACCGGCAGAAUCAUCCACGUCUUCUGCUGCUGCUGCUGCUGCUGCUGCUGCUGCUGCUGCUGCUGCUUCAAGCGAGAAGCAGGUGCCCAGCAACGAAAGUCCAGCAUCAACUAGAACUGUAAUCGUUGGGGCAGUUCUGGGAGGCAUCAUCAUCAUCGCAAUCAUUGUUAGUCUUGUGUUCUGCGUCCGUCGUAGACAGCGCACGAAAGUUUACAAAGCGGCAACCAGGUUUCCUUCGCCGCAUGUCGGAAACAACAUGUCACAACAGCUUCCUGAUUAUCGGCAGCCUAUGGUCGCGAAGUCCGCUGGAUUAGUGAGAAUCGAACAGGAAUUCGCACAUCACGUUGGGAGCAAGGAAGUUGUACUGGUAGCUGAGAUGGGUAACACGUCGCCGAAAGACACUGUCUAUGUAGAAUUGCCAACGAGCAAUGAUUGUAGACGUAACGUUUGA